GCAAACCGUACCAGCUAUUCGGCAAUCGUCCCGACGCAUCAUCGUAUAUAUAGACGUCGGAUACCGAUCCAUCGUCAGUUCAGUUAUCGUCGUCUAUUGGUUUUCAAAGACUUACGACUCCGAGUAGAUACGCCAUACACGCUAUUUCGCACCAACAACAUGAAGAUGUUUUUAUUUAUUGCAUUUGUCGCUUUUGCGGCGGCUCAUCCACAAGGUUAUGAAUCUGAAACGUCUUCUGGUUAUGGAUUUCCGACUACACCAUCUCCCCCUUCUUCACCUUAUCAAGGAAAUUUUGGCAGUUACCAAAAAUAUCCUUUAGAAGGUUCAGCUUACUCAUCUGGAGCUCCCACUGGAUACCAAAGUAGUGGAGCUACUGGAUAUCAAUCCACUCCUGGAUCAUAUCAACAAUCGACCUCAGCUCCCGCGUACAAAACUAAUGCAUUCUCUGGUUAUCAAUCUGGCGCAGGAUCUGGAGCACAGUCUGGCUACCAGUCUGGCGUUGCUUCUUAUCAGUCCACUCCAGCAAGCUUACAAUACUCAAAAGUUGGACAGUCUGGCUACCAAUCUAGCGCUGGAUCUUAUCAAUCUGCUCCAGCUGCACCAUCAUACUCACAAAAUGCUCAGUCUGGUUACCAAUCUGGUGCCAGUUCAUACCAAUCAGCUCCAGCAUCACCAACAUUCUCUCAAGGUCCACAGUCUAACUACCCAUCUGGUUCUGGAUCUUACCAAUCUGCUUCUCUAAACUCACAAUUAUACUCUCAAGCUGGGCAAUCUAAUUACCAGUCGGGCGUUGCAUCUUACCAAUCUAAUGCUGCUGCUUCUUCUUACCAAUCAACCCCAGCUGCACAAACAUAUUCACAAAGUGCAAAAUCCAGUUAUCAACCUUCACCAGCAUCGUAUGGUUCAAAAUCGACUGCUGCACCAUCAUACCAACCAUCUGCGCCAUCAACACAGUACCAAUCACAAUCUGCUCAAUCAUCAUAUGGUCAACGUCCUCGUACAAAGCCUGUAUCAUCUACAUUAUAUCAAAAAACUGGAUCUGAAUAUGAAAAUGUUAAAGGACCAAAUGCUCCUGUUAGUGCGCCUGUCGAUGCUUACAAGCCAGCUAGUAAUGGAUAUAACGCUUUUGCACCAGGAAAUGUUGCUGGACCCGCCGAAGUUAUUCCUAUUCUAUCUCAGUCCAACCAACCAAAUCUUGGUGAUGGUUCGUACUCAUACAGUUACGAAACUGGCAAUGGUAUUUCGGUAUCAGAAUAUGGCCAACUUAAGCCAGGUGGCCCAGAAGGAAUUCAAUCUGUCUAUGGAUCUUUCAGCUACCCAGGAGAAGACGGAAAACUCAUUACAGUAACUUAUACUGCUGAUGAAAAUGGAUUUGUUCCAAAAGGCUCUCAUUUACCUACACCACCACCAAUACCAGCUGAAAUUCUUCAAUCGUUAGAACAGAAUGCUGCUGAGGAAGCUGCACAACAAGCAUAUCAACAGCAACAGUCAGCUUAUGGACAGAAUGGUGCUUCAUCUUCAUAUGGACAAGAAUCAGGAGCCUAUAGUCAAACACCUGCCCCUGGUUCUUAUGGACAAACGUCUGCUCCUGGAUCUUACGGACAAACGUCUGCUCCUGGAUCUUAUGGACAAACGUCUGCACCUGGAUCUUACGGACAAACAUCUGCUCCUGGAUCUUAUGGACAAACGUCUGCCCCUGGAUCUUACGCACAAACGUCUGCUCCUGGAUCUUAUGGACAAACGUCUGCCCCUGGAUCUUACGGACAAACAUCUGCCUCUGGAUCUUACGGACAAACGUCUGGCCCUAGCUCUUAUGGACAAUCGUCUGGCCCUAGCUCUUACGGUCAAUCAUCUACUUCUGCUCCAAAACAAUCGAGUUAUCAGAGACCACAGGGUCCAUCUGGAUAUGGUUCGGAAGCUAAUGAACAAUCUUAUGGACAAUCUUCUUCUGCCAGUCAAUUGUACAAGUCACCACAAGGUUAUCAGAGCCAAAGUGCAUCGGCCUACAAAAAGUCUCCUGCUGCAUCGGCUUAUUAAAUGGAAUUAUGAUUCUAAUAAUUUAAAUUCAAAUAAUUUAUAGUAUUUUCAUAUAAUUUUUAUUUUCGUAAUUAAAUAAAAAUUUAUUUUUGUAUAAAUAA